AUGCCAGCUUCUUUUGGCGCAGUGCCAACUCCUGUCGAGCCCUCAGACGCCUUUGCCAAGAAAGAGAAGAAGCCAAAGCGGUCGUUCCUGCCCAGCGCUGCAUCAUCUGUACCGAAGACCAGUAUCAAGUUUGGUGGUGGUCUCGGAGGGGGAUUCAACCCUGCCGCAUACCUGGCCAGCAUGGGCUGGACUGGAGGUGGGCUGGGGGAGAAUGGAGAGGGUAUGCUGAACCCGAUUGAAGUUCAGCUGCGGCCCGAAAAGGCGGGUAUUGCUUUCGGUGGACGAAAGGAGAGGACAAAGCAAGCAAAGGAAGAGGCGAAGAGAAGGGGCGAGGAAGUGAGCAGCGAUGAGGACGAGCGGGCUGCGCGGAGAAACAAAGGCAGAGGAGACAAGAAGAAGGAGAAGAAGGAACAAGCUGUCGAGCUUCGUCAAGCUUGGACUACUCGGGAGAAGAAGCCUCGCAAGCCCAAGAUCCAGCAUCGGACCUAUGAGCAGAUCAUCGAAGAAGCUGGCGGAGAAGUCCCAUCGACCGACGCUGGAGUUGGUCAGAUCAUCGAUGCCAGAAGCAAGGAGAUGAAGGAAGUGGCGUCUCUCGCCAGCGCUUUGGCACACCAUGCUGUUCCGACGAGCGAUUCGACGAGGUUGCCAGAGCUCCGUCACAAUCUCCGAUUGAUUGCGGACAACAGCAAGCAGACCCUGGAUGCUUUGGCCAAGGAAGGGGCUGGCAUUUUUGAGAGACGGAGAUGGCUGCAGAGAGAAUACGACGAAAGUCGAAGACGCCGCGAGAAGGAGGCGGUAGACCUGGCUCAACUCAAAGUGGUACUGUCUCUGGUACGGGAGCUGGAAGCUGUCGGGAAGAGCGCCCUCAGCAAUACCGCUAUGGGGCUAGAAGCCUUCGAGCCACUAGCAGUGCGCAUUCAGCAAGAGUCUGAUGCGGACAUCGAGAAAUUCGGGCUGGAUGAAGCAUUGGUAGGUGCGUUGACCCCGCCGAUGAAGAGGCUGCUGGCGGACUGGGAUCCGCUGCAGGACGCAGAUGGUAUUUCGGCAACGCUGCACAGAUGGAGGCGAGCGCUAAGGGCGCUCGGGGGAGCUUCGGCGCCGGCCGAAUCUCGUGCUAUCAUGCUGCCCUUCGAAGCGCUGCUGUGGCAUCUCUGGAUGCCUCGAAUACGCUCAGCCCUCAACAACGAUUGGAAAGUCCAUCAUCCUCGAGCAGCUGUGGCAGUCCUGACAGCCUGGCGGCCACUUCUGCCACGGUAUAUCUGGGAUAACGUUCUAGAUCAGAUCUUGCUUCCCAAAGUUUGGAAGGCAGUGCACGACUGGGAACCACGAACCGCAAGAGCUCCGCUGCAUUACAUCCUCUUCCCCUGGCUUCCCCUACUCGGCGAACGUAUCGACGAGACUAUGUCUGAAGCACGUAGGCGGAUACGCGCUCUGCUCAAGAGCUGGCGACCGAAGGACGAAGCUGUGCCUCAGCAUCUGGAGCGGUGGAAGGAAUUCUUUCCCAAGAGCGAAUGGGAUUCGAUGUUCCUCACUCAAAUCGUGCCCAAAUUGGCUUCUUACCUUGGCAGCAGGUUCUCUGUCAAUCCUCGUGCACAGGACAUGGCUCCACUGGAGAAGAUCCUCGCUUGGCGCGAACUCCUUCGGCGGUCCGUCCUCUCACGUCUGCUCGAAGGCGAAUUCUUCCCCAAGUGGCUGACGACUCUACACGCCUGGCUCGUACAGCCAGGUGUAGACUUGGGCGAGGUGGCCAAGUGGUACUCUUUCUGGAAAGGAUGGUUCCCGAGCGAAGUCGCCGCGCUGCCUGGUGUCGAGGCGGGUUUCAGAAAGGGCAUCGCCCUGAUCAAUCAGGCGGUGGAGAUGGGAGAGGAUCGACGAGGGCUGUCCAAACCGGAUCUCACACCCCUCUCAAGGAGCAGCGUGAGGGAUGCGGUCUCAGCCUCCCAUCGCUCCUCGAGCAAGACCCCAGCCAUCCCCUCCUCCUCAGGCGCAGGUGAUGCAGAAGACGACUCUGUCUCCUUCCGCUCCAUCGUCGAGGAUCGCGCAGCUGAGCUGGACCUUCUUGUCCUUUCUCUCAAUCGCAGCCACGCUCAGACGGGCCUGCCUCUCUUGCGCGUGUCCGAAUCUCUUGACGGUAAGAGUGGAGCGACCUUUUACGUUCAGGAGGACAUUGUCUGGGUCGAGGAGAAGGACAAGGAGAAGGGAACGAGUGAGUGGAUCCCUGUGGGAGUGGAGGAACUGAUGAAGCGGGCUAGAAUGAAGAGAUGA